AUGUCUAAAUCACUUCAGCUGCGGUUCUGCUGCGAGGUCCUAACACUCUUAGCAGUUUUGAUUAGAACCUCGAAGGAUAUUGUGGAUAUGCAGCAGAUUGGAAUGAAGCGUUGGUGGAUGGCCCUCAGUGCAUUUCCCGAGAAAGUUCUGCACAAAGUCUCUCAGCUAACUUUGCUGCUGAUUGUCCCAAUUCGUACUGCUUGCUUUAUUCACCCUGUAAUGCUGCUACUCGACAAUGUCAUGACAAUUGCUGUCGUUCUGAUGGCAACAAUGCAUUUCCUUUUUUAUUGCAGAGGUAUGAAGUUCGUUGGUCCCUUUGUGCUAAUGGUAUACAAAAUUAUCAUUGGCGAUAUGCUACGCUUUCUGCUGAUUUAUUCUGUGUUCGUUCUGGGAUUUGCGCAAGCUUUCUAUGUAAUUUUUCAUUCAUGUCAAAUGGCUGAAAAAGACUAUCGAAGAGUGCAUGGUCUGCGCGAUAAUGACGACUAUAAAGGAAGAUUUGAGAAUAUCAUGGGCUCACCUAGAGAGGCACUGAUGAGAAUGAUCAUCAUGAGUGUUGGAGAGUUCGGUGUUGUAUACAGGAAUCUCAACGAUUGCAAAAGUCGAGUAGCUCUUCAAGGCAAACUAUUAGUCACUCUGAUGUUGCUGAAUUUGCUCAUUGCUAUGAUGACGCGAACCUAUGAGAAAAUAGCUGAAACGGAAAAGGAAUGGAAACGUCAGUGGGCGCAGGUGAUUCUGAUGCUGGAACAGUCACUAACAAAUGGCGAACGGCUGAUGGUGAUGUAUAGCUACUCGCGACCACUCAGAAUCGACAAAGCUCGUCGGGCGUUUGUCGUUCGGGUGAAAUCCGACAAAAAAUUUGAAACGUCAAAGACUGUCGAAUUUUCACAAAAGAAACACAGUAUUCACUUGUCGCCAAGUAGUCAUCUACAUAUGGUAGGACUACCGAGAUAA